UGAAGUUGCAAUAGUGUGGGUAGGAGAGUUUCCAUAGGAAAAAACAUAAAACUUUUACACAGGAUGCUACAAAAGGCUUAAGCACAUAAAGCAGACACUGUGGAGAAAAUAACAUUUGGAGAUACUUUUCUGUUUCAAGAGACAGAGGAAAAACCACUAGAGCGGUGUACUCCCUUGUGUAUCUCAUUAUCCUGCUUUUUGUAACUCAGCUCAGUAAUGAAGUCAUCAUUAUGUCCUCAACCAGUGAAGUAAAUGUUGAUAUCAGAGAUUUCCUAAUGAGCAUUAAUUUGGAGCAGUAUCUCUCACAAUUCCAGAAGUUUGGAUUUAAUACUGUAAAGGACUGUGCAGGAAUAAAUGACGGCGUGCUCCACAAAAUUGGAAUAUCCCCCACAGGACACCGGAGGAGGAUACUUAAACAGCUACAGAUCAUCCUGCUUAAAAUGCAAGACAUUCCAGUAUAUGCCAAUGUUCAAAAAACAAGGAAGAUUGAUGAAGCUUUGCAGGAUUACCAUUUUCCAGCUCUUGAUCAUAAUACUUGCACAGAACUUUCGGUGUCGAGUGGUGUUCACUUACCCAACCCAGAGCAUUUGAAGGGUGUUACAAAAAGUCUCAGCCAGAUUGAUGCCCGUGUGGAAAAUAAUCAGUCUCUCAAAUCAGCUGAUAAGAUACUGCUUCCUGCACAUAACUUUCCCAUUCCAGAAGAAGAACCUCAAGAACCACACUUGAAUUUAAGUUCUUUUCAAGGUUCUUUGCUUGAUAGUAAAAAUAUUACAGUGGAAUCUUUGAUUAAAAGGAAGACUGUGGAUGGCACAAUUGAAGAACAGACUGAAAAGAUUGAUUUGAUCUCUAAAAAUGUGAACCAGCUUCCCAAGGUGGACCCUCAAAGUCUUUCUUCGUCUGGAUGUUCAGAAUCAGAGACAGAUGCUGGGAAUGGAACUAAUGGUUUAUUGAAGAGCUCCCCGCCAACCCCAUUCUUCCAGUUUCAAGGAGAAAUGGUUGUAAAUGAUUUAUAUAUUCCAUCAUCUCCUAUCCUAUCACCUAUGAGAAGCCGUAGUAAAUUGGUUUCAAGACCAUCUCGAUCUUUUCUCUUGAGACAUCGACCUGUACCAGACAUUCCAGGGUCGGCAAAAGGAGUUUCAGGGAGCUAUAUUCGAGAGAGAAGAAAUGGUACUACCUCAUCUGGAAAGCCUGUAAUGCAGCAGAAUUCAAAUGAAGAAAAUUCAUCUUCCAUCUUUCCUUAUGGAGAGACCUUUCUCUUCCAGAGACUAGAAAGUCCUAAGAAGAAAUGUAUAAGGAAUGAAUUUUGGGCUACUGAAGAACCAGCUAAGGGAGGAGCAGCUACUGAUAAAACCUCUCUUAUUGUCAACUCAAGUAUAUAUGAUAACCGGAGGGAGAAGUUAAGUGAAGACAAAGUAGAAGACAUUUGGAUACCUCGAGAGGACAAGAGCAAUAUUCCGGUCGACUCUGCUUCAGAAUCAGAAUACUCAACUGUGGAGGAAUGUUUUCAAAGUUUAAGAAGAAAAAAUUCAAAGGCAUCAAAAUCUAGGACUCAGAAAGCAUCAAAUUUAGACCCUGUUAAUAGGCAUAGUUAUCCCUUAGGCUCAACCAGUGGAAAUGCCGACUCUCCAGUCAAUUCAGCCAAUGCAAUAUCUCCCUAUGCCUGCUUUUAUGGUGCUGCUGUGAGGAAGGUGAAAUCGGGAUGGCUUGACAAACUGUCUCCUCAAGGAAAACGGAUGUUUCAGAAGAGAUGGGUGAAAUUUGACGGCCUUAGCAUUUCCUAUUACAAUAAUGAGAAGGAGAAGUAUUCAAAAGGAAUCAUUCCUCUUUCUGCUAUAUCUACGGUACGAGUUCAAGGAGACAACAAAUUUGAAGUUGUUACAACACAAAGAACUUUUGUUUUCAGAGUAGAAAAAGAAGAAGAGAGAAAUGACUGGAUCAGCAUCCUCUUAAAUGCAUUGAAGUCACAGUCCCUUUCCUCUCCACCCCAAGCAGUUGUACCUGAGAAAAGUGGAUAUCUUGAAUUGAGAGGUUAUAAAGCCAAAAUUUUUACUGUGUUAAGUGGAAACAGCGUGUGGCUUUGUAAAAAUGAACAGGAUUUUAAGAGUGGACUUGGUAUUACCAUCAUUCCAAUGAAUGUAGCAAAUGUGAAGCAAGUAGACCGAACUGUGAAACAAUCUUUUGAAAUAAUUACUCCCUAUAGGAGUUUUAGCUUUACAGCAGAGUCUGAAAAAGAAAAACAGGAGUGGAUUGAAGCUGUGCAGCAAUCGAUAGCAGAAACUCUCUCUGAUUAUGAAGUAGCUGAGAAGAUUUGGUUCAAUGAGUCCAACAGGAGCUGUGCAGAUUGUAAAGCCCCGGAUCCUGACUGGGCAUCCAUCAAUCUCUGUGUUGUCAUCUGUAAGAAGUGUGCAGGGCAACAUAGAUCUUUAGGUCCAAAAGACUCCAAGGUUAGAAGUCUGAAAAUGGAUGCCAGCAUUUGGAGCAAUGAGCUUAUUGAGCUUUUUAUUGUGAUUGGAAACAAAAGAGCAAAUGACUUUUGGGCUGGUAAUCUUAAAAAAGAUGAAGAACUGCACAUGGAUUCCCCAGUAGAAAAGAGAAAAAACUUUAUCACCCAGAAGUACAAAGAAGGAAGGUUCAGGAAAACGCUCUUGGCAUCUCUCACGAAGGAAGAAUUAAAUAAGGCUCUCUGCGCAGCUGUAGUGAAGGCAGACGUUCUGGAAACAAUGGCUUUGCUCUUCAGUGGAGCAGACGUUAUGUGUGCAACCGGGGACCCCACGCAUAGCACCCCCUAUCUGCUGGCCAAGAAGGCAGGGCAAACCCUGCAAAUGGAAUUUCUCUACCAUAACAAAUUCUCAGACUUCCCGCAACAUGACAUUCACUCUGAAGGUGGAUUAAGUCAAGAGUCCUCCCAGUCUGUGUUCCUCUGUGAUUUUCUAUAUCAGGUUCCUUCUGCUGCUUCUAAACUCUCUUCAGAGAAAAAAGUGCUUGAAGAGACAAAUAGAAAGUGGUGCGUUUUUGAAGGUGGCUUCCUGAGUUACUAUGAACAUGAUAAGUCUACGACACCUAAUGGCACCAUAAAUAUCAAUGAGGUCAUCUGCUUGGCUGUACACAAAGAAGACUUCUACUUAAAUACUGGGCCCAUCUUUAGUUUUGAGAUCUAUUUACCCUCAGAACGCGCAUUUUUAUUUGGAGCUGAAACAGCUGAAGCUCAAAGGAAAUGGACAGAGGCCAUAGCCAAGCAUUUUGUUCCCUUUGUUGCUGAAAACUUAACAGAAGCCGACUAUGAUCUGAUUGGUCAACUCUUCUACAAGGACUGCCAUGCCCUGGAUCAGUGGAGGAAAGGCUGGUUUGCUAUGGAUAAAUCUAGUUUACGUUUUUGCCUUCAAAUGCAAGUUCAGGAAGAUAGAAUGCACUUAAGAAGACUGCAAGAGCUAACCAUCAGCACAAUGGUUCAAAACGGAGAAAAAAUAGAUGUUUUGCUUUUGGUAGAAAAAGGGAGAACAUUAUACAUCCAUGGGCAUACCAAGUUGGAUUUCACAGUCUGGCAUACAGCAAUUGAAAAAGCAGCAGGUACAGAUGGUAAUGCAUUACAAGAUCAGCAGCUCAGCAAAAAUGACGUUCCCAUUAUCGUGAGCAGCUGUAUAGCAUUUGUUACACAGUAUGGUUUAGGAUACAAAUAUAUCUAUCAAAAGAAUGGUGAUCCUCUGCACAUAAGUGAACUCCUGGAAAGUUUCAAAAAAGAUGCAAGAAGUUUUAAAUUGAGGGCUGGAAAACAUCAGCUGGAAGACGUGACCGGAGUACUGAAAAGAUUCCUCUCUGACAUUGAUGACGCCGUUCUUACCAAGGAGCUGUAUCCUUAUUGGAUUUCUGCUUUAGAUACCCAAGAGGACAAAGAAAGAAUUAAAAAAUAUGGAGCAUUUAUAAGGACUCUCCCAGGUGUCAACCGAGCAACAUUGGCAGCUAUAAUUGAACAUCUUUACCGGGUUCAGAAAUGCUCAGAAAUCAACCACAUGGAUGCUCACAAUUUGGCCUUGGUCUUUUCAUCAUGCUUGUUUCAAACUAAAGGACAAACUAGUGAAGAAGUGAAUGUAAUUGAGGACUUAAUUAAUUAUUAUGUUGAAAUAUUUGAGGUUAAAGAAGACCAAGUCAAACAAAUGGACAUAGAAAAUAGCUUUAUUACCAAGUGGAAAGACACUCAAGUUUCCCAGGCUGGAGAUUUGUUGAUUGAAGUGUAUGUAGAAAGGAAGGAACCUGACCGUAGUAUUAUAAUCCGGAUAUCACCUGUGAUGGAAGCAGAAGAAUUGACUAAUGAUAUAUUGGCAAUAAAAAAUAUUGUUCCUUUGAAAGGUGAUAUCUGGGCCACUUUUGAAGUAAUUGAAAAUGAAGAACUAGAGCGCCCCCUUCACUACACAGAAAACAUAUUGGAGCAGGUCCUGCGGUGGAGUUCAUUAGCCGAGCCUGGCUCUGCUUACCUUGUGGUGAAAAGAUUUUUAAACACAGACACAAUCAGACACUAUAAUGAGAGGAGAACCCAGGAAAGUAUUAAAGAAGGCAUCUUGAAAAUCAAAGAAGAACCAUCUAAAAUACUAUCAGGGAAUAAGUUUCAAGACCGGUAUAUUGUUUUACGAGAUGGGCAUCUCUUUCUUUACAAGGAUCCGAAGAGUAGUAAACCUGAUAAAAUGUUUUCUCUCAGUUCAAUGAAAUUUUUUCUUGGAGUGAAAAAGAAACUGAAGCCACCGACAAGUUGGGGUUUGACAGCAUAUUUUGAAAAGCAUCACUGGCACCUGUGCUGUGAUAGUUUACAAACUCAGAUGGAGUGGAUGACUAGUGUCUUUAUUGCCCAGCAUGAGAAUGAUAUAUGUCCACCAGCUGGGAAGGAACGGAAGCGCUCAAUAACCAAAAACCCCAAAAUCGGAGGUUUGCCUCUGAUUCCCAUUCAGCAUGAGAGAAAUGCAAGCCAAGCCCUGAGAAAUAUAGAGAGUGCGAGAGCAGAACUUGAAAAACUACGGCUGAGUGAAAAGCAUGAUCAGGAGCCUGGGGACCACACCUUGAAGGACAAAGCCUCCCUAGUGGCCCAGUGCCUGGAGCACAAGGAUGAAAAACUUCGAAAUCGAAACAGAAAGCAUCGGAGUUUCAAUUGUCUGGAGGACACAGAGGCCGGGAUCCUUCAUGGGCAGCAAAAGGGCCUUAAAAACCUAAAGACAUUGAAGAAGGUCGAGGAUAGGAACAAGGCUGCUCUGGACUCUGAUCAUAAGUUACCGUCGAAGGUCAUCGAAGAACUCAGUGCCGUUUUGCAGAGGUCCAGAACCCUGCCAAAAGAGUUACAGGGUGAGCAGGUCUUGCAGAAAGAAAUCAAAUGAAUUGUGUUGCAAAUUACUUUUAUUUUUCUUUAAAUGUUGACUACUAAAAGUGUGAAAACCAGAAACCAAGCUUUGAGAAAAUUUAAGUCUGUGGUUUGUCUGGCUAUCCACACACAUUCACAAAGCAUUUAAAAUUAUGUGUGUGUGUGUAAUCUAUAUA